AUGAGUGUUUUAUCAGUGUUUGAUCUGCGAGAAAAGGUGGUAGGGAAGAGAGGUGCAGCAACAGCAUGCCCUUACUGUGGAGGGCCAGUUUUGGCAUGGGACUUUGAUGCUCACUUGCUCUUUUGUUUCAUUCCCAUUUCCCACAAAACCAAGAGGAAGUUUUACUGCACCAUUUGCUCCAGGCGCCUAGUUCCUGCUUCUUGA